AUGCAGCCCUUCAAUUCUGCCAAAGACGUGCUCUUAGAAGUCUCCACCCUUUCCUUCCCGUUUACUGACGCCAGCAUCUCUAUCUCCACCGACGCCUUCAUUGUUGGUGCAGCUUCUUGCCAUCUCCCCAGCCAUAAAUACUUUCGCUACUUCGUGGAAGGCCAGCAAUUCCACGUCUUCACCGACCAGAAGCCCCUCACUACAGUGGUCCACAACAACAAGUCCAGCUACACAUCAAGUUGUGAAAAUGCCCUGCUGUCACACUCUCUCACAAUAUCAACGCUGUGUCUUCCUCCCCUCAUCGACUACGCCGCCGUUGCUGCAGAUCAAGUGGACAACUCUGACCUGCAGCAGCUGAAAGAAAAUGCUGCACUGCAGAUGAGGAAGAUACAGAUAUCAGGAAUAGCCGUGCAGUUAUACGCCAACGUCUCCACGUCUGGCCUUACCUGCCUGAGCGCCAUCGCUACCCAAAGUUCAGUCUCCACCAGGUUUGAGCAUGUCCGCAUCGACCUCGUCGGGUCCCUUCCGUUUUCCCGAGGUUACAGAUACCUGCUCACCUGUGUGGGUCGCUUAACUCGGUGGACUGAAGCUGUCCCACUGGCUGACAUCACCACUGACUCCGUGACGCGCGCCUUCAACGAGACAUGGGUGUCCCGGUUUGGCGUCCCCCUCAACUUCACUUCAGACUUUAGCAGUCAGUUCGAGUCCUAUAAGUGGGGUUAUGUCAUGACUCUGCUUGGCAUCCACUGCUUCCGGAGUACGAGGUACCAUCCGCAGGCCAAUGGCACGGUCGAACGUUUCCAAUGUCAGCUCAAGGCCUCCCUUGCAGCCUCCUCAUCCCGCCGUGAGAAGUGGACAGACACCUUGCCUCUCUCACUCCUCAGUAUUAGGACUGCCCUCAAGGAGAAUUUACAACACUCAUCUGCCAAGCUGGUGUAUGGUACAACCCUCCGUUUUGUCCAGGACUUCGCCAGGAGCCUGAAGGAGUCUUUAGCGAGUCUUCAGCCUGUGCAACUCCGCACGUCCUCUGUCAAGACCUUUGCCAGCCAGGGUCUUGAGAGCUACUCCCACGUUUUCCUCCGAGUUGACGGUGUCAGACGGCCCCUCCAGUAUCCCUACCAGGGCUCCUUCAAAGUCAUCCAUCUGACUCGGAAGACGUUCACCUUGGACGUAAACGGCGCUUCUCAGACUGUGGCAAUAGACAGUGUGAAACUUGCCUAUCUCCUUCAGAUUGUCCCACACCAGGGCGCUGCCACUGCCACUUCUGUAGUCUUCAGUGCAGCCACACAGCUGGGACUCCGCAGCAAGAGGAAGAUCCAAUACUUUGAAGGUAUUACGGUGGAGAGAUUCGAGAACUUUGUAUAG